AUGGACGGAGAACAUGGAGUACAGAACGGGAAAAAUACCGAUACCGACCGGCCGGCCGACCAUGGUCAGCUGGCCUGCUGGACUGCAUGGUUGGCUUCGAGGGAUCCUAGACAGUUAUGUGUGGAAAAGAAAGGCCGAUCUGUCAGGGAAGAUGAACCCUGGGUCUUCUGCCGUGUUGUGGACAUCGAUCUCUUGUCAAGCGUGGAGAACAAGAUCUUAUCCACAUUGUCGGCUAUGGGGGGAGGGAGUAGUACAAAACGAGAAGGUGGGAAAGAGACAGAGUUCAGCGCCGGCGAGUCGGGAAGAAUCAACUCCAGCGGAAGUGAAGUUGACAGUAUCGAAAGUCAGGUUCCCCCUCUCUCCCCCAGAAGGCCGCCAUCGCUUCGGAGGAGAAGGGAAGAAAGGGAUGAACCGCUGAGCAGAAGCUUCUGCUACCUUCGGCGCACGGCCAGUCACCGUGACCCGCGAUGUUACUAG